CUCCUCCUCCUCAGCAUCAUCAGGAGCAGCAGCAGCAGCCCUGGCAGGAGCCAGACCCCGGCAGCCGAGGCUGCAGCCAGCUGCCUGUCGUCCCCUACCUGCACCGUCACCCAGCCACAGCACUGCCACCGGCCCCGCUGCUCCACACAGCAGGAAUAAUAGGGGAGCGGGAGCAGAGGGAGAUACACUGCAGAGGGAUCCCAGACAACCCAGGUGAUGACCUGAAAAAAUCAUGUCUGAGGUCCAGGGAACGGUCGAGUUUUCUGUGGAGCUACACAAAUUCCAUAAUGUGGACCUCUUCCAGAGAGGGUAUUACCAGAUAAGAGCUGGACUGAAGAUCCCACCCAGGCUUCCCCACAGGCUGUUUGCUACGAUUGCAGGACAGACAGGUGAUUCCAGCCUUUGUUCAGCCUGCGUUCAUGAAAACAGCGUUUACAGCAGAAUAUUUCAGAUUUUGUACAGAAAUGAAGAGAUCGUUCUUAAUGAAUCGAUGAACUUCAGAGUGCACCUGCUUCUGGAUGGCGAAAGGGUGGAAGAUGCAUUAAGUGAGGCAGAUUUUCAGCUCAAGUUGGACCUGCGUUUUACUGAUAGUGAACAACAGCUGAGAGAUGUUCCAGCGAUCCCCAUGAUCAGCAGCCGUACACUGUGUCUCCACUUCCACCCCCGGAGAGGUCUGCACCACCAUGUUCCUGUCAUGUUUGACUAUUUCCACCUGUCAGUGAUAUCCGUCACGGUGCAUGCAUCACUGGUAGCAUUACACCAGCCUCUGAUCAGUUUUGCUCGCCCAGGGAAGGGCUCGUGGCUUGGUAAAGGCAACCUGGAGGCAGGACCAGACCAGUCCAGUAUGUCAUUAGAAAAUCUAGUGUUUGGAGCUGGCUACUGCAAACCCACUUCUUCAGAGGGUAGCUUUUAUGUCCCAUCUGAAAACUGUAUGCAGCAUGCAUACAAAUGGCAUAAGGACCUCUGUCUUCUGCUCUUGAAUGCUCAAAGAGGACUUCAUAUGUAUUACACCCUCAUAAUGAAGGAGAUUCCUGAUUUACCGCAACUGAAGUUGGAGGAGUUAUCUGUGGAAGAGACGUUAUCUCAGCUUUGUACAGAGCUGCAGCUGCUGAGCAAUCCAGAGAAGAUAGCAGAACAGAUAAGCAAGGACCUCGCCUGGCUUUGCUCCCACCUCCUGGCCCUGUGGACCCAGUUCCUGGAGGUGGCAACGCUUCACCCAGAAGUCACAGCUUAUUUGACUCAGGAACAUCACAUGCUAAGGGUGAGGAGAUUCUCAGAAGCCUUCUUCUACACUGAGCACCAGAAACUUGCUGUACUCACAUUUCAGGAAGGCCUGAUCCAAAGUCAUGGUCAGAUUUCUACAGAAAUCCGUAAUUCAGAGUACUUCACCAGCAUGCCCCCGCUUCCAGCAGAAUGCCUAGACAUAGAUGGGGACUGGAACACGCUGCCAGUUAUCUUUGAAGAUAGGUACAUGGAUAUGCCUUGCAAAGAUCAGAAUUUGGAAGUUUUCCCAGAUUUUGAGGUCCCUGCAAACGCUCAAAUAAAUAUAACAGAUGACAAUGAGGAUUUUGCAUCAAAUGAUGCUGCUGCAGUAAUGAAAGGAGACUUUGGGAAAGGUCCUCUGCUAAUACACACAGAUAGGAUAAAUGGGAAUCCCUCAUGCAUAUACAGUGGUACUGAAGGUGCUGCAUAUUUAACUAAGAGUUUAAACCAGCACUCCACAUCUCAGGUAUGUACAGUGAACAAAGAAGGCCAAAGGAAACCUGAAAAUAUUUUUGCUUCGAGUCAGGCAACCAUUUCUGACUCAGAGCCAGGCAAUACAGAAUGCGCAGCAGAUGACUUUAAAUCACCCGAGGAAGCUUUAUUAAAAGACAAUAGGCUUGCAGCGGAUGUUACCUAUGGAGAUACAAACCCUAGCAAUAAGGAUUCCCACAAAAGUGAGCCUGUGUUAAUUGUUAGCGCUCAGAAUGAGUGCGGAGCAUGUGGAACUGAUGGCUUGGAAGACAGGACUGAAAUACAUAAAGCAGAUGAAUCUAGUCAUCCUGAGAAUAACUUCGCUUCGUCUGAGCUUGCACUGAAUGAAUUAACCAGCCUGGAAAAAACGGGAGAUCCAGACCCCAAGGCUUUGCUCCCUGUUUUGAAAGCUUUGCCCACACACAGCUUUGAAGUGAAAUUGUUCACAAAGGAGCAACGAGGUGAGGAGUGCGAAGAAUUCACCCUGAUGUCAGGGGUCAUAAAAAGGUCCUCCUCGAUAAUAUCUGAUUCAGGCAUUGAAAGUGAACCAAGUUCAGUGGCAUGGUCUGAUGCUCGUAGCCGGGCACUGGAGCUGCCCAGUGAUCGAGAGAUCCUGCACCACUUGGUACGGAGGCAUGUCAUCCACCGAAACUCCCUGGAGGGUGGUCACACGGAAAGCAAUACUAGCUUGCCCAGUGGGAUCCAAGCAUCACUUACAUCCAUCAGCUCUUUGCCCUUUGAGGAAGAGGAGAGGGAAGUGGAGCUUACCAAACUGACAAAAUCUGUCUCAGCUCCUCAGAUCAGUAGUCCAGAAGAGCCUGCGGAGGAGGUAGAUAUCUCCAAACACGGUGAAGCAACCUCAGGAGAUUCAGGAGGAAACUUAAAAAGUUGCAUAGAAAAAGAGAUUGGAGAUGGAAAAUUAAUGGUGGACUUUUCUGAGUGUCAAAUCACCACUGGAAGUGAACAACUAGAACCAAGAGGUUCCCAAAAACCCUCUAUCAAACAUAGUAGCAGUAACACUGAGUUACAAGGGGAGGAGGAGAAGGACAGUUUUCCAGAGACUCUCUGCAGUUUGGAAAAUGUAGAACCACCUAUUUGUCCAAAGCAGCUCCAAGAUAACAUCUUUGAGUGCCAGCCGCUGGAGAGCAAUGGUGAGUGCAGCUUAAAAACACCAAGGGCUUGUAAUUACUUGGACAAAAAUAUAGGUAAGUUUGAUACAUGCACUGAGGAUCCAAAGGAUAAACUUAAGCCAAACAGUUUAAAAAUACAACAAGACAUUUACUCCAGUAGCGGAAUUUCAGGAGAGGAGAGUCUUUCAGAAAGCAUAAAGCUGGUACCAGACUUUUGCUACCGCGUUCCAGCUCCUUCAGAGACCUCAACUGAAUUUGGCUCAAUGCAAGGAGAGUGUGGUAGCUCUCUAGCUGAUGAGAGCUCAGCGGUGUAUGCAGAAAUGCAGGGGUUACAAGAAAUUGAGCUCAACGACUCACCUGCUUCAGCAAACCCUGCAGCAGGAUCCUACCAGGCUGAGUAUCCUCAGGAACCCAACAGCCAAGAGCAUAAACUUGUUGCUAAUGGCACCGGGUUUCAUCCGGUGACAACGGAAGGAGUAGCUCUGGAAAGUAGGAAGGCUGUUGAUGUGGUUAACCUGUCCGUCUCUUGCACAGCCACAUGUCUUCCCUUUUCUUCUGUGCUCAAAGAGACCCCUGCUAUGGUCGGCUUCUCUGCAAAGCAGGCUGCGUUCCCCAUCACACGACAGCCUCUGGGCUCUUUUGGAGUUGUCUCUUCGAAUUCAGAUGAGAUGGAUGAAGAGACGAAUGAAAGGAUGCUGAAUUUUUAUCAGGCCAAAAAAAAAUUUAAAAAAGAGAUGAAGAUUGAAGGAUUUCUGUACAGUGACGUAUCUGUACUAGCUUCUGAUAUCCCGUAUUUUCCACCAGAGGAAGAGGAAGAAAAUUUGGAAGAUGGAAUUCAUCUGGUUGUCUGUGUCCAUGGAUUGGAUGGUAACAGUGCAGAUCUGCGGCUGGUAAAAACUUUUAUAGAACUGGGACUCCCUGGUGGAAAACUGGACUUCCUAAUGUCAGAAAGAAAUCAGACUGAUACUUUUGCUGAUUUUGAUACAAUGACUGACCGAUUAUUGGAUGAAAUUAUUCAGCAUAUCCAGUUGUACAACCUCUCCAUAUCCCGAAUAAGUUUUAUUGGACAUUCCCUUGGUAACGUCAUCAUUCGAUCUGUACUAACUCGCCCCAGGUUUCGCUAUUACCUCAACAAGUUACACACCUUCCUGUCCCUCUCCGGGCCUCAUCUGGGAACCCUUUACAACAACAGUACUUUGGUUAGUACAGGUCUUUGGCUCAUGCAGAAAUUGAAAAAGUCAGGGUCACUUUUGCAACUGACCUUCAGGGACAAUGCGGAUCUGCGCAAGUGUUUCCUCUAUCAGCUCAGCCAAAAAACAGGUCUUCAGUACUUUAAAAAUGUUGUGCUAGUGGCCUCACCCCAAGACAGAUAUGUACCCUUUCAUUCAGCAAGAAUAGAAAUGUGCAAAAAUGCACUCAAGGACAGACACACAGGUCCUGUUUAUGCAGAAAUGAUUAACAACCUGCUCCAGCCUUUGAUUGGUGCGAAGGACUGCACUUUGAUCAGACACAACGUGUUCCAUGCUCUGCCAAAUACCGCCAACACGUUGAUAGGUCGGGCUGCCCACAUUGCCGUACUGGACUCUGAACUUUUCCUAGAGAAGUUUUUCCUUGUGGCAGGACUCAACUACUUCAAAUAGUGCCUGAAGUACUGGGUAACAGAGGCAAACCUUUUCAUUGAGUGGAGGAGAAUCCCUUAGCCAACAGUGCAGUGUUAGAAAUGAGAUCAGGUGGGACUUUCAAACUUUCCAUUUCCAUUUCUGUUUCAGAGAAUAAAGUGCUAUGGCUUUAAGGCAUUCAAGCUUCCAAAUAUUGGUGCUUUUGGAAGAAAUAAAUAUUCAUUUUCAGUUUCUAUGUUUUUUGUUCACAUAAAGACAUGAGCUACUUCUGAAGUACAGGAUCAGAAUAAGAAGGCUAAUUCUCUAAACCUGAUUGGACCAAUGUGUUUCCCAUUUCUUCUGAAUAUUAACCCAGGAACUUGGCUGUCUUUGAUUUAAUGCUUAUUUAUAUGUUAACAAAGCUCUACACUUGUAGCACUUUUGGGGUGAUUAGCAGAAGAGGAAAUAAGCAUAUAUGAACUCAGGUUAAAACCUCCUUUAUGAUGAACUGAGAAGUCUGAAAAGCAUUUAUGAAAGUUACGACGUUUCCAUUUGUUGAAAGAAAAUAUUUGGAUGACUCCAUUUCUGGUAAUAAUUUAAAAGAUGCGUAGAUUCAAAUAAUGCAAAGAAGUGAGAUUUUUAACACAGAACGAAGAAAUCUUGAUAUCUGGCAUUUAAAAUCUCCCAACUUUAAGUUGGGAAGAAUUUUGUUCAAGUUAGAAGCUGCCAAACCAAGAGGAGUUUAUGAAUUACAUGUAAAAUGUCAGUGGCAUCUGUUAACAUUUCUUCCGUUUACAUUUGUAGAGGAUCAUUAUUGUGCUCAUUAUAACCAUAGAGGUACAAUUUUUACUUUUCCAUUUGUAUGUAAGUACAUUUACCCCAAGAAAUUUUUAUUUUUUUAAGAUUUAUUAGUCUGAUAUGAAAUUCAAAAUCUAGCCAGUAAUACCUUUAACAUAAACAAUCAGAGGAAUAUAGGGUGUAGAAAUAAAGUGGUAAGGAUUGUGGAAAGGUUAAAAAAUAUAAGGAUCUCGUCUUAGGCUCCUCUGCAAUACUCUGUUAAUGUUUUACUAAUGCUCAUUUGCAGUUCUAUGUACAGUCCUGAUUAUUAUAUGGUUACAGCUGGUUGAAACAUUUAAAACCUUAUUCAUACAAAGAUAUCCAAAUUGUUUUUAAGGGCUUGGAACAGAACCCGUUUUUCAUAUUUUUAUUUUCUUUUCAAUUUUUCAUUAAAUUUUUUAUUAAAAUUUUAUCAAAGUGGGAAAUUUCAAUAACUUUCUAUACAUUUUCAUAACAUUUUGAUAAAAUUUCAACGUUACAGCAGGGUUUUUUUCAAAAAAAGGAAGAGCGAAUAAUUCUUCACAAUUGUUACUGUUUGGAAGGAAAGCAAUUUUUUGAUGCAACUAUAAUUUGUGUAAAAACACAAGCUAACAGCCCUCUAUAUCUUGUGACAAGAACUAUUAAAAAAUGACAAGGGUCGGUGUCAAGGCUCUUAUCAGUAAAUUAAGAUGAAGAUAGUGGAGAUUUCUGAAAUAAGAGAUUUAAAAAGUGGAAAGAAAACCUCACAACCACGGGGAAGUAUUUGUAUAUGCAAAAAGUAAACCCUUUUUUUUCCUUUUUCAAAAGAAGAAAAGUGGCAAAUAUACAUAGAAUUAGUUCAAGAAGAGAGUUGCUAGCAGACUGGUAAAGCUUGCUAAAGAACAAGGCUGGUUUGAUAAUAUAGACAUGUUUUUAAUAUAGGAAAGAACAAGAAGGAAUAUACAAAAGGGUGAGAUUUAGAUCACCUGAAAAUAGGAAGGUAUAUCGCACCUAAAAAUCCUCUGCCUCUUUGAGGGGCAAAAAUUAUAUAGAAACAGUUACCUGGUGUAUUUAAAUAUUGACAACUUUUUAAAACAUUAGAUAUUACCUCAGUACUUCAAUUAAAUAGGUAAAUAGUAUUUUAUCUUUUUUUCCCUUUUAUAGAUUGACAGCUUAAAGCUAAAUGUCAGAUUUACCCAGUUAACAAAUUAACCUGUCAAGAAUCAAGAACUUCUGAUUCCCGCUUCUCACUUGGGAAGUCUUUAUCACUUUUCUGCCUCAACAUAUUAGUGCUUAUGUAUCACUUAUAUAUCACAACUUACUUCUUCCUUGGUAAAUUGUUUACAGAAUUUUAAAUAUAAUGGGACAUGUCAGUUAAGCUGUUAUACAGUGCAAUGUUUUUGAGUCACAGACAUUGAUUUCUAAGGAGUAUGUGAAAAACAAGAAAGAAAAUCAAUCUCCAACCAUCAGCAAGCUUCAGUGUGCAGUAUGAGGGCCUGCUCCUCUUUCAAAAAGUAUUCAGGAGUCUACCAAUAGAAAAAUUGACAAAAUUUAAGAGAAAAGUUAGUUUACACCUAGACAGAUGCCUAAUGUAUGUGCAUGUAUACGUGUAUAUGGUCUGUAAAAAGUGUCUUACUUCAAGGUCUCACUCCAACUUUUUCAAUCCUGAGUACACUGAGUCUGAAAACAUAUCAGUGUAGCUGAUCAGAUUUGUGGUUUCUUGCCUUGCUUUGUACAUUAGACAGCAUUCCCAGCCUUCAGUUUGCAUGAUUGUGAGAGAAGAGAAAUGUGAAAAGGUCUGUUUUAUGUUGCUGAAGAAGUUGGUGGGCCUUUUGGUAUGUUCACUUUCACAUUCUGUACUGCCACCAGCACUCUGAGCAAUGGACAAAUACACCUAAAGGUUUCCAUUUUCCUAUACAUAGAAUAUUCUUCCAUGGCUCACAGUCUGAGUUCAGAACUGGAGUUGGAUUGUACAUGGAGUUGGAUUAGGUCCAUACAACUUGCUCCUUGUGGGGUAUGGCAGAGCUUCUAUGGAGCCUCAGAAAUAUCUGGGAGGUGUCACUCCUGUGAAAUGAUGAGACACACAUUUUAUCUUCCUUAUGCUGGCAGAACAUUGUGGGAAUUAUUGGCAGUAACAGCCUAGCUGAGCAUUCAUUCUAAGGUUCUCAGAAUAGCUUCUCCCUCUUUUUCUUCUCUGAUUCUUUUUAAUGGUAUGUUGCCUUGAUAAUGACUCUCAAUACUGUAAUUCCACUCUAAUUGUGUAGAUUAUGUUGCAAAGAAAUCUUCAUUACAAUAUAAAUAACAUCUAAGUGGUUGGAUUUCAUUGAAUUGUAGCAAUCAACAUGGACUUAUUUUCAGACUUUUUUAUUUAUAUAUAGAAAAAUAUUUGUUAAGAAUUACUUUCAUAACAAAUAGCAAAAUAACUGCAUAGUUACCAUCUUUGUUUCUGUCUUGAACUGUGGGAUUUUAAUGUAUUGACCCUUCACAUAAAACCUUUUAAAACACAUUUAAGUACUCUAGCAGUAUUGCUACAAGGAUUUCCAUUCAAAUUGCACAAGUUCCUCUUGGCAUGGUAUAUCUAUGGAAGCACAUUCACAGAAAAUAAGACAGUUUUUCAAGAACUUGGACAAAGGAGGGAUUUUCAAGGGGGUAGUUUUAAGUCUCCGGAUAAUAUUUGCAUGCUGACCUAAAUAAAACCUAGAGAAGCCUCUGGAAAAGUUUCUACUUUGAGGGUAGGUCUAAGGUCAUCACCUAAUUUGUCCUUAAAAAUUAGUUGCAAAAGGAAUCUGUUCUACUAAAAUAAAAGUCUUAAUUUCUCUGUGUAGUUAGUGAAAAGAGGUAGCUACUACUGAAAGUGUGCAGGAGUGAUCCCAUUUUCUGCUUUGGUGUUUACUUACCUCUCUUCCCUGACCAGAGAACUUAUUUGAAAUCUCACUUUUUAGGUGUCUAAGAUGUAGACAAAUAGCAAAGGCCCAGCAUCCAUGGACUGGAUGACAUCCGUAAUUAUUAGCUCUCCUUUUUUUCAUACUUACGUGCAAGUUUUGACUGUACACCUUGAUCAAAAGCAAACACUGAAAAGACUAAUCUGGAUCCUUUAAAAUUUGGCAGAAAAUGUGUUUUUUCCCAGCCUCCAGUCUAUGCCCAUUUUGUCUUCAAUGAAACUGUUCAUUUGUUUUCAAAAUCAGGUCUGUCCACUGUCAAUAGAGGAAAUUGAAAACGCUCAGCUUUAAAGGGAUGUAUUCUAAAGGCUUGAAACCUUAGCACAGAGCUUUGGAAAUUAUUAACAAGAGUACUGAACACUAUUUCACUUCAAAGCACUUCAUAAAUAUCCACUGAAUGAUCCUCUUCACUGUUCCCUUGCCAGAGAAGAACUGUGCUUCAGAAAGUUAUCACAAGAAGAGGUAGAAACUAGGAAUUCAAGCCAAAGCUUUCAUUAGAAUUUGUACAUUCCUCUGGUGCUUUCUGCAUGUUAAAAAAACCUCUCUUCUUUUCUACCUCUGAAUUUGUAAUAGCUAAGUGGUGGUGUAGGAGAAAGGUGAGAACUUCUAAUAAAAAGGUCAGACCCUUGUGAAGGUUUAUGCAAGUAUCCCAUGAAAUUUAAUAUAUAAUGAAUAGUCAUGGGGCACUUCCUCAUCAGUCUCAGCAUGCCAAUAUGUGUCAGGCUAGUUGAAUGAUUAUUUUCUUUGUGGACUUAAAUUUCCAUUUAAAAAUGAACAUCAGAAGAGCUUAACAUAUUUCGCUCCGGCUGGUCAUUUAGAUGCUAAAGGUCAUGUCCAUGGAGAACUCUUACAGACUGUUUUGCUUUAUUUCAAUACAUACAAUCAGCAGUUUUGAUGUUGAAUGUUGUUAAGUAAUUGACCAUUUGUAGCUCAAACUUUGAUAUUUAUUGAUCUCCUCCCCCAGAUUUGCAGUGUGUAUAUAAUUAUUGAAUUGUUUUCACAUAUAAGUCAGUAUAAAUCCAGGUGUGCUGGAGACAGAGUUCAGCUAUUCAAUGCAGUUGCUUCAUGGCAAGCUAUAGUACCAAGGUCUCAGGAGACUCAUGAAAUACAGCACAACUGUGUGCACAGGUAAUCACUGAAGUAAAAAAAUAGCUCACUUUUCUCUGGUUUGGUUUUGCCUUUAGGAUCAAAUGUGACCGCAGUUAGAUUAUGCCUCUUGCUCUCUUUGCUCAUGGUUCCCCUAAUUUGCUGUACUUUGAGUAGCUUAAAUUGCCUUAAGCUACUGUUCUGUUUUGUCUAAACAUUCCCAAAUUUGCAUGGCCUCCUUUCCAUAACCUGACUACACCUACUGCUUUCCUUUUGUCUGUCUUCUAUGAGUUCCUAUCCUUCCUAUUUCUAUCCCUAUCUUGUCCUUGACAUCAUGCAAAGCUACAAAAAUUUCUAACUAUCCAAACAAGGCAGUUACUUUCCUCCAUCUUCUGACGUACUGUCAGUGGUUUUAAAUUUUGUACUGAUUUUGACUAGGAUGCAUUUAAAUUUCAUCAUAGUAGCUUGUAUGGGGCUACAUUUUUUGAUUUAUGAUGAGAACAGUGUUGAUAACACAGGGAUGGGUUCUUUUAUUGCUGAGCAGUGAUUACACAGCAGCAAGAUAUUUUCUGGUCCUCACACCAUCCCACCAGCAAGCAGGCAGGGGGUGCACAAGGAGUUGAGAGGGGACACAGCCAGGACAGCUGACCCCAACUGACCCAAGGAGUAUUCCAUACCGCAUGGUGUCAUGCUCAGCAAUAAAGCUAUGUGUGUGGGGUGGUGGUUGACUAGGGAGUUUUUUGCAUCCUUGGUUUUUGGUGGGUUUUUUUGUUUGUUUCAUUUUCUCUCUUUAUUGUUUUUUGCCUUCUAUUUUUUUACUUAUUAAACUGUUUUUAUUCCAACUCAUGAGAGUUUUUACACUUAUUCGUUUCCUAUUCUCUCCCCUAUCCCAUUGAUAGCGGGUGUGAGCGAACAGCUGUGUUUUGCUUAGCUGCCUAUUGGGUCUAAACCAUGACAGAUUUGUACAAAUCCAGUCCGCCAAGCUGCAUUUUAUGAGUGCAGUAUGAGGUUUUGAUUAAGUGACCCAACAGAAUUUUUCCAGAAUUGAAUCUUAUCCUUCAGGAAUCUUCAGUGCAAAGCUCAAAUACAGAUCCCCUGUUUCAUUUGGGCUUUGUGAUGAACAGAAGAUAUUUUCUUGAUUCUGGGUAGAUGUUGUAUUCAAUUCAUACUGGUUUACUCCAGACUGCUGUGCACAGUGUUUCAGCAAGCUUUCUCUGCAUCAUCAUCAUAUGCUGCCAGUUGUAACUUACUUCCUUCUGUUCGUCUGUCCAUCCUUCCCGUCCUUUCUGUCCUUUCUGUCCUUCCAUCCUUCCAUUCUUCCGUCCUUCCUUGUUGCUUGGAACAGAACUCUGGAAAAUAAAGAAAAAAGUUUUGUCAGGUGAUUGGCAUCUCUUUAAAAUGACAGAAGUGAGCGAUAUGCACUUUUAAAAAAAAAAAUAAUAAUUAUUUAUUGGUAAUUAUUUGUACUUAAAAUUGUUAUUACUAAAUAUUUGUGCUUAAAAUAUUUUAUAGGCCUGGUCUAGCUCGUUCUGAAAUAAAUAAGAAGCUCUCAAUACCUUUAAGAGUGCCACAUAUAGCCACACACAGAGCUUCUUGCCACAGUGAAUAUUCAGUUGAUAGAGUUUGCUCCAGAGGCUGUGAAGUUAGUGCAGAUGUGCAUUCACAAAUAUAUUCAGCACUGCUGUUCUAUUUAUCCAGGAGUGGUAUAUCGUGUUCAUACAUUCAUUCCAGGCAAUUUUCUCAGCUCUUUUUAUGAUAACUGUUAUCCAUCUAUCCAAACAUGUUAGAGGUGACAGAAGGAACAACUGGAAGUGUCCAGUCUAAUUCCUGUUCAAAGCAGGAUUAUCACAAGCAUCAUGUUAAGGUCAGUCAUGUCUUUGUCUUGCUGAGUCUUGAAAUCAUCUAGUGAUGGACAUACUACAACUGCUUUGGAUUACUUUUUCAACUGCUGUAAAGUUUUCUAAAGAAAAAAACUCCAAUUUGAACCUUCCAAGCUGCAAGUUCUUGCUGUUAAAUUUUAUUAUAUCGCCUUUUUAUUCCAUGGGAAAAAUGUUGUUUCUGAUGUACCUGUAACACCCUUUUCAAUACCUGCAGACAGCUUUUAGUCACUCGGUCUCUUCUUUGUCAGACUAAACAAGCCUAACUCUCAGGCUUUCCUCAGAAGCCAUGUGCUUGGGCCCCUCACCAUCUUGGUAGCCCUUUGCUGGGCCCUUUCUGGUUUCUCAACCUUGAACUGGAUUUGUGAGCCUCCAGGUACUGGCAAAAUUCUUUGCAUGAUAGCUCUGGUGCAGACAGGUGCCUUUUUCCUGUGCUGGAGGGACUCAUUGGUUGGUUGCUCUCAUUACAUCCUCUUCCUAAUUCAGGUUCUAAUCUGAAGAGCUGGAGCUGUUCUCCCAUUGCCACAAUUUGCAAGCUUCCAGUUUAUAUCCCGCUAUGAGCUCAUCUUUACUUCUUGCUCCUGUUUUGUCUUGGUUAAGGUAACAGCACUAGCAAGGGCAAAGAGUUGUAACCCAUGGCGUAUCAACACCAUUUUUUAGCCUCUUUUUCAACACACAAUACAUCUGGUCCCCGUUGCACAUUUGGCAUGCUCAUUGCCAUGCUAAUUGUUUCCCUCCUGGUUUUGCACAUCUUUUUGAGGUGUUCUCAGUCACUGUUAAGCUUUAUGCACAGAUAGUGAGGAAGCCUGGUGUGAGAUUACUCCAGCCUUGCUUGACAGACAGGGAAGAGCACUUACCUUGUGAUCAUCAGAUCCACGGCAUGCUGCUUCCUGACGGCCUCUGAUCUGAAAGAGCUGCUGCUGCUGUUUCUUCUCUAUUUUAAUGAGACUAUAUAAUAUAUAUGCACUUCCCUAAGAGAAAUCCAUGCACUGAAUAGAAAUGCUUAUGAAAACAGCUUAAUCAGUGUAGGCCUGCUUUAAAUGCAGAGGAGUCAGGCCUUCCCGGCAUAGCAUAAAAGCAUAAAGAAUAAAUAUGUAUAAACUCUUCUCAUGCAAAAGGUCAGACUAAAUAAACUUCUGUUACAACCUUGAAACCUGACUUCUCUGCUUUCGAAAAUUCAGCUUUUUACUUUUACCCAAAGUCCUGCAAGAUCAUAUUAUCUAUAUAGCAAAAAAAACAGAUUUAUCUGAAGAUGAUUUACACACAUACACAGAUGUGCCAGAAGUCCAUUGGCUACCUGCACCAACCUGCACAUCUGAAAGUAGCUUCUGCAUCUGAAAAUACGAAACAGUGAACAGGACUACUCUUACUGCAGUCCAGCAUGCCUUUCUGUCUUUGCAAACUAUCAAUCAGCUGCAAACACAGCUUAUCCAAAGGAACAAAAAACCUCCUCCACGUAAGUCCAGUCACAAACAGCUCUUUUUAGGAGUGGGUGAUAAAAGUACUGCAACAGCCUCACUUUAUACUUCCCAUAAAUGGGUUUAUGAUAAUAACAGUUUCUGGUGCUGAAAGGCCCAAUAUUUCAAUUUUCAUAGCAGUUUCGAGCAACUAAUUAAAGAAGUUUUUCAUUCCUUCCUGAAAGCAUAAGUGUUAGUAGAAAUCUAUCUGUCUCAAUCCAGGAGAAAUGCUCACUCUUUGCUAUUUUUAUACGGAUAAGACUACCUGCAUCAUUCCCAACUGUGGAAAGAUGUCAGGGCAUUUCUAACAUGAUAUCGUACAUGCAGCUAUAUGAACGGGAAAAGUUAAAGAAGAGAUUGUGGGAACCUUUUUGAUCUAAGGUGUGUUACCACUUUCAGUAAAAAUUAUAAUAGAAGAUGUAGUUCUUGUAUGCCAUAUAUACCAUAUGUGCGGUAUACCUUACAUACAUGUGUACACAGAAAAUGUCUUUUCUCUUAUGUAAUGUAUGUUGUGUUCCCAUAUGUAUUGAAUGGAUGUUCCAUAUGCAGUGGAUAUAUGCCAUACCAUAUUUGGAAGCUAGUGCUUAUUGCUGACUCUAAUAGAUUUCUAGUUUUAGGGGAAGUUUACUUUGGUUAUCCUCCAGAUCUCCUGUGAAGGAACCAGUUUUCUGGCUUCAUCCUCCUCAUUAGAGGAGACAAAUUGCUUUGUACAGUGAUUUGCCAACCUUUUGGCACACCAUUAGUUGACCUUAUCUAAGCAGUCUUGAAUUUGAUGUAUGUUAUCUACCACCUCCAUGGUUUCCAUGGUCAAUGCAAAACAUCAAACCAAGCUGCCCUAUAUCCUGAGACAGGAAGCUUGCCACCAUUUUUUAAUUUUCCUUGACAUCUUCUUCAACCAAGCUUUCUUUUUUAAGCUGUAGACCAAUGAUUUAUUAGGUUUUCCACUCUUCUCACUAAUUUGAGUCUUAUAUAUGUUUGACUAUGCAUCCAGCUUGGGAAAUUAGCUAUUUCCUUUUUUGCCAUUAAAUCUUCUUAUGAAGUAAGAAGUGUUUUGUCCCAUGCCUUUUAGAGUCUUCAGGUGAGUAAGAGUCCAGAUAUAGCUCUGAUAGACUAAGGAUGGGAGAAACCAAAGAUGCAGGGUAAACCCUCCUUCUGUCUAUGAUGUGACAGGAAUAUACCCUCACGAAGACGGCAGUAAUGACGGAGAAAGCAAAAAGAACAUUUUCCCAAACCUUAUUCACUUCAGGAAAAGAAGUAAUUCCAGAAUCAUAGAAUAAUUAGGGUUGGAAAGGACCUUAAGAUCAUCUAGUUCUAACCCCUCUGCCAUGGGCAGGGACACCACGCACUAAACCAUGUCACCGAAAUUAUUAUUGUAUGUUUGGGAAAAGUAUUCUUUCAAAAUCAAAACACAGAUCAGUAUAUUCCAAAACAAAAAGUUCAGAAAUAAAUAGAAUUUUAUGCCUAUGUCUUUUUACUUAAAUUUGUUUCUUAUACUACGAUUUCUUAAAUGCUCAAGAGUUUAGCGCAGGACUGGACUUCUUGGAAUUGAAAAAUGAAUCCCUUUUAUUUUUUUUUUUAUUUUUGAGGGCUUUUUUUUUAACCACAGUCUUAGACUAAGGCCUCAAUCAUCUUCAUAAAUCCCUUAAUAUAUACUCAAUUUCUUUAAAGAAAAUAAAUUAUCUGACCUUAAGUCUUCAUCUUUCCACUUAUGCUUAAGCAAAAAGUGACAGCCAUAACUGGAAGACUUGCCCAUUGUGGGACCUUCUUCCUUGUUUAGAGGAAGCUUAUGGUAACGAGUCUAAUUUAAGUAAGAAAAUAGGUGAAUCCUGCCUUCCCUCUUUUCCCUCUGUUCCAUGAGAAUUCUGGUUUCUAUUCCAAACAAAAUACAUCUGUGAGUCAGGUCUUGACUUAUGUCUUAUCAUUCCCUGUGUGCAACAUGCAAACACAGUUACUCUGGUUUUGAUGCUGGAACAGUUAUCUUGGGUUAAGAGUCCUGGAAACCUUGAAGAAUUUAAAGUGUAUUAAAAUUGUAAUCCUGAAAAUCAGGCUCUAACUUUUUGAUAGUUAAAGUUAGCAAUGUCAUCAGGAAUAACUUCUCAGUUGUACAUUAUCUAUUCAAAUAUAACACCUUACAGUGCCAGAUCAAUUCUCAGCUCAGUGGUAGCACCUAAAAUUAGACCUUCACUGUUCUUCAACUGACAUGUGGAAUAGAAUUCAGUGGACAGGAGCAUACUUAUCUUAUGCUUUAAAGAGUUAUGUUUUACUUAUUUUAUGAAAUUAUAAGAAAAUACCUCUUGGAAUUAAACCCUACUAUUUCCUGUAAGUAACUAGCUCUGAAAGUUUUCUUUAUGCACACUUCAACAGUUUUUUGUUAAAAAGGGAAAGGCUAGAAAAUUUGUAAAAAGAAAUAAGAUGUAUUUUUCAGAUAAACAACUGACAAAUACUAUUGGGCUUAGUUUUAAGUGAUCAAUUUAAACUCUAAGGAGAUUAUUUUUUUUCCUAGAAAACAUGUUAAAAAAACAAGAGGCUGACCCCUGGACUUACUAACCAUUUAUACUUAUGCAUAGUAAGUGUAAAAUACUAGCAUUGGUGUACACGCCCACAUUUGCGCACAGAGGCUGCAAAGCAAUGCAUCGGAGAUGUAUUGUUCUUCAAGUACUUACUUCCUUCAAGGCUGAUUGUUCAGGGCAAGCAAUAUGCAUGAUAUAACCGGUGCAUGUAACAGUAAGUACAACCUAUGGCAAAUUUGGAUUUAAAGACAGUAACUUGAUGCUGAGGCUGAACUUUGCAGAUGAGUAGUCGGCGGCAUUUUUAAUUAUAACCAUGUCUGUGGUCUGAAUAUGAGUACAACUGAUUCUCUCAUGUGGCACUACAGGUUGUAUUUUUAAAUGAGACAUUAUUAUAUUUGAUUGAGGCAGUUGUGUUUCUCACAAAUUACAUUCCAUAUCAGACAGAAGAGGCAAUAAUUAGAGGCUGUAAGCCUGGAAAGUCUGCACUAUUUAUUUAUUUAUUUUUAAGACACCAGGAUUUGCAACACAUGCUCCAUCUGCCUUUCUCUAAUUUACUUCCCUUUCCAUAAUGAACAUUGUCAACUGCCAUACACUUCAAUUUUCUUUAACUAUGUCUGUCAAGAUUUCAGUGAGGCAUAUAAAAAAACCAUGAAAUGAUCUUACAAAAUAGAAACAAAAGAAGUUGAGUCAAUUCUAUGACAUUUUAGGGGAAAUGGAGGUGCAAAUCAAUUUUCUUGAAAUGUAGGUUGUGACUCAACAGCAUUCACAAGGUCUUGACUGAAGGUCUGAUCCUGACAAAUGCUGCUCAAAUGCACUCUUGAUAUAAUGGGCCAAAUCCCCAAGUGGAUUAACCUGGUAGAACAGUUUAUAUAGCCUACCAAUCUUGCUGAAUGGCAGCCAGUAGCAUUCAUGGCAUCUCACAGUCGGACCACCAGAAGAUAGCAAAUGUCCUGGGUUCUUUUUAAGGCCAAUUUUCCAGUUGGUCAAUUGUGUUUUAAAAGUAAUGUCUUUUUAGACAAAUGCAGACCUCUCCAAGGGAUCAAGUCAAUGGUUUAUUGUGGACAGAUCCUUAUAGGUUAAGGGAAAGGGCUUUUAAUUUUUAAAACUACUACUCUGAAUCAUGAUCAUACAAACAAGCUGAAGAAAUCUGACAUGGUCCCUUGUAUAAACAAGAUCAUGAAUGUAAAGCUUAUAAUGCCACUGUGAAAUUUUAAUGCUUAUUUAUUAUGGUUAUGAUGAAACCUGUAUAAUAAGAUGAAGAUAAUAAUAAUAUUAAUAAUAAUAAUGAAUAGUCAUCAGUGCCAAUAUGAUUCUACUAUUUUUCUACAUAUGCUUUAUUGUGGCAUUUUGUGUAGCUUGUGUUCUGUGUAAAGAAAUGUCAAUAAAAUCUUUGCUUCCUUUUGUCUGUA